AUGGCUCCUCCCACCUACAUCAUCUCGCGGGUGGCAGACCCGAUCUUCGCGCUUGCUAUCGGCCUCAGCGCCGCGGGUCUGAGGAUCAAUCGCGAAGAGAAAGAAAAGGGCAAGACGACCCAGCAGACCAUAGAAUCUGCUAAGAGACGCAUUAACAUGACCAUCAACUCCAUGCAAUAA